AUGUCUUUGAACCGAAAGCGCCCGAAUUCUAGCAUUGUACCGUUAUAUGACGAUGACCGAUCAAUCAUUAACACUGUCGAUCCCGAUCUAUUGAUUGGCUCCUUAAAGAAAGAGGCAGAUCAGUUUGAAGAAUUAUUGGUGUUCCAGUUGGACAAAAUCGAGCAGUAUAAGAAAGAAAUCAUUCAUUGGAUAGCCAAACUGAAAGAAAUGGACGAUGCUGUUGAGAUAUUGAGCAGCAACAUCACAACAAUACGCUCCGAAAAGUUGAUGACCAUGAAGCAAAUACUCAACGAGACAAACAAGCGAGAACCCUUUCUGAAAAAGGCGCGUGAUCAGCACAAAAAAAUUGUGCGUGGUAUUGAGCAUUACAGCAAAUCCAACGAUUCUGGUAUCCGUCUCAAGCAAUUGUUGGCCAAAUACGAAACGGCUCAUCAUCGCGAAAUGAUUUCGGCAAGGAUUCGAUAUUGGAUUUUCCCCAUUGGUGUAACGUGGUUGUGUUUACCAUCAUCCUAA